CGACCCGCCGCAGCCGUCAAACUAUACUAGAUGGCCACUACUCUAGCCUCUGGGAUUGAUGAAUUCUGGCCUCCCGAUAUGUCAAAAUCAUCGGCUGUUGAAGAACGAUCGUUGACUGUUCAAAGGAUUUCGGAAGACAAUCUCGUUUCAGGUACUCCAAGUGUGAUAUCUGGGAUGAGUCACGGCCUUAGAUGGAUAGUAUACAAAACCCUAGAAAGCAUAAGAGCGCCGACUGACGUCUCCAACGAUACAUUCUUCUUCAGCAGCUGCCCUCGAUUAAUCAUUCUUUUUCUCUUCGUUUUAUUGGAAAGAGUUGUUGCUGGAUUCCAUCGGUGUGCUCAUAAUUGGUAUAUUUUUGAAACUCUGUAAGUAUAUUCAUUUCUGUAAUAUUUUCAAACACGAUUUGAGAUCCGCUUUCUUGCAUCUUUGUAUGCAAUUUUUUUUAACAAUGUAAUUUUGACAAAGUUCUUAAGUUCAUAUAUUGCUAAAUUAAUUUGUGG